UGUAAAUCUGGACUGUAAUUCUGUAAUAUAUCACGGUACAUCGUAAAACCGACACUAAAACGACCCGGCCUACAAAUCACGCGGCCAAAUUAUGAGUUCAUUGUAUUAUGCGAAUGCUUUGUUUUCCAAAUAUCAAGCUGCAAAUUCGGUUUUCCCAACCGGGGUAUUUCCCGAGCAAACUUCGUGCGCUUUUGCGUCCAGUUCUCAGCGAGCCAGCGGCUAUGGCUCGGGGUCCGGUGGCAGUGCCUUCUCCUCAAUGCCGGGACUGUAUAGCAGCGGAGGGAGCAUGCACCCCCAGAACCAGAGCAUGUACCCGGCCGGAUAUGGCCUCAAUGCCGGAUCUUUCAACAUGCACUGCUCCCCCUUUGAUCAGAACCUGUCCAUGGUGUGCACCGGAGACCCAACCAAGCAGUCCAGUUGUGGCAAAGCAGAGCAACGGGACUGCGUUCAGCAAGAUGAGGGCAACUUCCGGAUCUACCCGUGGAUGAGAAGUACAGGUGUUGACAGAAAGCGGGGCCGACAGACCUAUACGCGCUACCAAACUCUGGAGCUUGAGAAGGAAUUUCACUUCAAUCGCUACCUGACCAGACGGAGACGCAUUGAAAUUGCCCAUGCACUCUGCCUCUCCGAGCGCCAGAUAAAAAUUUGGUUCCAGAACAGGCGCAUGAAAUGGAAGAAGGAGAAUAAGACCACAGACCAGAGCUCUCCCAAUGAAGAUAAACCUGGUGGUGAUGAGGAGGAAGAGGACGAAGAGUAGCGAAGGUGUCUCCCUAUCGUAGGAAAACAGAAAAUUGAAUAGUAGACUGAUACUCGCUCACCGCAUUUUGUAUGGCACUGAGUAUAACAAUCAUACCUACCAUGGUAAUUGUUUUGUAAAGUUAGGAAUUGAUAAUGAAUCUACCUAAAAAAAGAUCUUUUAAAUUCAAUUUAAAUAAAUCUAAAAAAAAAAUUUCAUUUUUGAUUGCAAUUGCUUCUUCUGUGCUACUUCCUAAUUUGAAAUUAUCUUGUGUCCGGACCUUUCAGUUUUGCUGAAAUAGAAGUGCUUAUCCGAAAAAGGAAUUGUAUGUACAACUACAUGUCCUAAUGUAUAAAAAUGUGUUCUGUGCUUAGUAUCCAUCCCGUUAGUUUAUUUGUUGGCGUAUUUCUUUUGUUUUUUUCUUAUAAUAGUAAAUUUUCUGGUAUUUCUCUUUUUACGUAUUUUGUGUACAGUGGACCAUAUGGUGUUGAAAAUGUUUGUGUUGUGAAGAAAUAAAUAACUGUAAAACAAGCAUA